CCAUUCUUCAUACUGUCAGUGAGGUAAUACAAAGGUCAGAGAUGAGGUUAAUCAUUCAUCAUCACAGCAGUUUAUAACACUAAUGACGCUUCAAGGCAGUUUUUAAUUCUCUCGUUGUCUCUGGACUGACAGCAUGUUUCCCCGUGUGCUGUUUGCUGCCUGUUUAUUUACCACAUGUCACGUAGACGGCUCCAUAUUCAUGGAAGAAGGAGAUUAUUUCAACCAGGAUGGAUCAGAGUUUCUGCAGCGUCGUCUCCAUCCUCCGUUCAGCUGCCCGGACAUGAGUCCGUCUCCCACCAUCCCCACCUCAGUUGAAUUUGUCAAAGCUGCAGACGUCAAAGUCAUCGCUGCGCUGGGAGACUCUUUAACUACAGCUAUCGGCGCCAACGGUUCUACGAUUUUAUCGAUACCUUUUGAAUUUCGUCAGGUGUCUUGGAGCAUCGGAGGAUAUGGAACUUAUCAGAACGUCAUAACACUGGCAAAUAUUUUUAAACUCUUCAAUCCCAAACUGCUCGGCCCGGCUCCCAUGAUGACGUUUCACAACAGCCCAUUAACUGUGAACGAGUCCGGCUUCAACUUCGCCAUCACCGGCCACAACACGCUAAACAUCUCAGACCAGAUAAGGACCAUGAUAAACACGUUCAGGGAGUAUCCGGGUCUGAACUUCGAGGAGGACUGGAAGGUGGUGACGGUUCUGAUCGGCAUGAACGACAUCUGCGAUUACUGUAAAGAUCCUACGCUGUUCUCCCCCGACAACUUCAUCCACCACAUGACGGAAGCUCUCGACCUGAUGAUGAGCGAGAUCCCCAGGACGAUCGUGAACGUGGUGCAGAUUCUGCCCAUGGAGCCUCUCAGAGAAGUUCAGCGCCCGACUCUCGGCUGCCAGCUUCAAAAGAGUUUCUGCUCCUGCCUCACUGUACCUGAAGAAAACUCCCCUGAACUGACGGAGCUGCUUGAGAUUAACUUUGAAUUCCAGAGGAGAUUAAAGAAACUCCUGCUCAGUGACCGUUUCUUCAAAAAGGAUUUUGCGGUUGUUCUGCAGCCGUAUUUAGAGAACGCAGGACCACCGAGACUUCCUAACGGGACGCUGGACCUGAGCUUCUUCACAGCAGACUGUUUCCACUUCACUGUUAAAGGACACGAGGAGCUGGCGAAGGGCCUGUGGAACAACAUGUUCCAGCCUGAGGGAGAGAAAGAGAUGAUAGAGACAUUUUCAGAGCCGGUAAAACUCAUCUGCCCAUCAAAGGAGCAUCCGUACAUCUACACCAAACCCCGGAAUAAAUCAUCUGCAGCGGCGCUGAAGCAAUUCUCCGUGAACACGAUGAUGCUCGCAUCUCUGUUUACUGUGUUUAGUUAUUUGUAGUUUAACAGACGGAGCAAGGUGAAAAAGUCUGACUGUGUGUGAAAGACUUCCACCACAUGGAGACUGACUGAUCAAUGGAUGAUCAAUGGAUGAUCAAUCCACAGACUGUCUGUUGACUUUUGUUAUUUAAAAGAAAAAAGCAGAUCCUGAGGCUAAAGAUGACCUGAUGAUCAGAAAUGCAAGAUUGAGUAAAAUAUAAACACACUGCAAAACCUAAAAACUUUAUAGACUUGAGUGUCUUCAGAAUAAUAUGCAGCUUUACUUAAUCAAGUCUCAAAACAGACAAAUAUCAAACUCAGAUUUUGUCACAUUAUGUCUUAAAAAUGUUGAACUGUGUAUCUGUCAACAUCAGGAGGUAAAAUAACUGAAUACUAAAUUCACAUUUACAGCCAAAUUUAACAUUACCUAAUGCUGUAACUUGCUUACUUCUUUUACUAAUAUGAUCUCCUAAAAUACGUUAAAAUUAUUUUAUUUCAGUGGCUUCUAACUGUCUUUUAAGUCCCUCUGUAUGGAGCAAAAAUUAGGUUUAAGAAAUAUACGAAUAAAAU